AUGGUUAAAGAAAAUCCAGUCAAUUCAAUUAUAAACGACUACAAAUCACUUAAGGAAGUCUAUACUAUACCGAAAAGUAUUUUGUGUAGUGAAUAUAAUGUUCCUGCCGACAUUGAAAUGCAAAUGUUUGGCGAUGACCAACGAGGCGGCUCAUUAGCAACGGAAAGCAAUAACAAACUGCCGAACUCAACAAAUGAUAAUAAAGAUAAUGACGGGAAUCUGAAUUAUGAAACCACUCCACUUAGCAUAAACGGCAACUCAAGCAUACAUGAAAUCUCAAUUGUUGAAACAAAUAAAGAAAGUUCCAAAGAAAAUUAUAAACCAUGGGACCAAUUAAUUGUUAGUAACUACCAACGCCAUGAUCAAAAUAGCCUGCAACAAACAAAUUUAAUUAGCCCUCAGAGUUUUGAUCAAGUGGAAGCAAACUGUGAUAGUAAUGCUCAACAAACAGAAUUCACAACAUAUGCAAAUGACAAUCUAUCCAAUUGCCUCGAGCAACGACAGAUCCCAUUAAUAACAAUAGCUGACCCUGUUUUUUGUCAUGCAAUAAAACCGAAUUCCAUAUCCCCAACACUUGUACGCAUCUAAGUUAAAUCUGCCCCUCAUCGAAUUUCCAAAAUCGAACAACUAUACAGAACAGAAAGAUCAACAUAAUAUGUCACAAGCCCCUUUUUGGCAAAGCACCCUGUCCCAUCCCACCCGUCACAGAGCCAAAGCAUUCUAUCCCACUCGAGUCAGUCCCCGAGUGAGAAGAAAACGUAUCGUGAACGAAAUCCACCUGAGAUCGAAAUCCACUACGAACGAAUGGAAAUGUCUCACCCGUCUCCGAGCCAAUCUCCAAGCGGGAACGGAACGUACUGUGAACGAAACCGACCUGAGAUUGAAACUUACCAUAAACGAAUGGAAAAGAUACCUACUAGAUAUGUUCGCCAAACAAUAGGGUAGCGACCAUUGUCGGUCAUCUAUGUAUACCUAACCCAAUACCCACUCCAACUAUCAGAGAACAGAACAAAAUUCCGGUGCAAAUGACACCUCGCAUAGGCUAUCAUGUGGGGAGACAAAAUUUUAUAAAUAUUCCAACCGCCACCCACCUCUACCAUCCAUUGGCCAAGUCAAAACCGUCCUAAAACACCUAAAUCCUAGGAAAGCCACUGGGUCGGAUAAUAUCCCUGCAUGGUGUCUUAAACGAUACGCAGAAGAAUUAGCACCAGUGGUCCACGAUAUUGUGGUUGCAAGCAUAGUUCAAUGCAAAUAUCCCACCUCAUACAAGCAUGCAAUCAUCAGUCCCAUACUAAAGAUCCGUCCACCCACGGACCUAGAUAGUGACUUCCGCCAAGUUUCCGUGCUACCACAACUAGCAAAAGUUAUCGAGAAGCUACAGCUCCAACUCUAUAUUCAGUUUCAAGAUCAAAACAAACUAGCAAGCUUUCACGAGCGGUCAUUCCACCGUGUCUGCCCUUACCUCCAUAUCCCAGAACUGGUUCGACUCAACGGACAACUCCUCAACCGGUAG